AUGAGGUUGAUUAUCCUCUUUUCUCUCUGCCUGGUCGUUGUGCUAGCUGCGCCAGCGCCUAGUUUAUCUAGAGACCAGGUCGAGGAGCGAAGCGAUAAUGACAGCGAACGAGAUCGAGAUGAUGAUGAUGACGAUGACAACGAUGAAGAUGAUGAGAGACUUGACAACGAAGCAGAUACAAGAGAACAUCUCAACCGAAGGGAACGUAGUCAAUCAUCCGAUCGUAACGUUUACGACAAGUAUAAUAACGCACUAAAAUAUGAAUAUGACGACCAAAUAAAUGAGUACGACAAGGCUGAAUACGACAAACAAUAUGAUAAUAGGCGAGACAAAAACAGUCAAGACAAUGAUUUGCAAGAUGAAAACAGACGAGAUAACGACAAACAAGUUAAAGAGAGACAAUAUGAAAACAAAAGAAACAACAACGAGCAAGAUGAAGACGCACGAGAAAACGGCAUACAAGAAGGCAAUAGGCGUGAUGAUGACAGAGAAGAAGAUGCAAGGCGAGACAAAGACAACCAAGAAACCCAGAAAGAUUACGGCGAAGGAGCUAUCGAUCCAAGAGACGGAGAAGACAAUUCACUUAGAGACAACAAAGAAAACACAAAUGGUGGGACAACCGAAGAAAGACGCGAUAACAAUAGCAAUCACAGUAACAGGAGAUACAAAAGAAAUAAAAAACUAAAUUACAAAGUAAAAGAACGUUAUGAACACGAACAAGAUAACGAUAGUAGUGAAGAUGACUGGCUUGAAAGAAGUAACAAAGAUAAUGACGCGUUUAGCCGGAUAACGCAGCAAGUGAUCGCUCUGGCCGCAAAACAUAGAGGAGGGAGUUUAAGAGUAUCUUAUAAACCAGCUUACCAUCCAAAUAGAAUAAAAAAUGGAGCUUACGGCUUGGGCAAUAUUAUUCUCCGUUACGUUGUAUCUUCGUCCACUCACAAAACGAAUGAAAAGCCUUGGAAACCGGUAAACUUCGAAAAACCUAACAGUGGAAGAACUACGACUUCGUUCCCGUUCUCAAGGAGAAUACUAGAGUCCAUCGUGGUAGGCUCGUGCGCCCUUCAAAGAGGUAAUACACCACCACUGACGGAGUUGCGGGCGUCGGUCCCACCGUAA